UGUUGCUACAUCAAAGCUGGGGUAUUUAAGUUAGGAAAUGUAUUAAUCCCGAAGGACAUUGCACUGUUAGGAGACAUUCUGGAGAAUUUGUAAUUCUUUUGCCGUAAACGACUUUAAAAACCACCUCGGUAAAACUCGUAUGUGUAACGUUACUCUGGCUUCCGCUGCAGCUUUGUGAAAAUGUGAAUGCUGUGAAGUCUCAUUCCUCAGUCAGCCAGCCCCCCUGCUGCUGGACCACCUUCUGCAGCUCUAACGCUCAGACCGCGACACAGACCAACAUGGGCAGGCGGAGAGAUAACAGGAGGAGACGCUGCUGAACAUCCUAACGUUUUUUUACGUUGUCGUCAGUUUGCUGUGUGGUUUGUGAAGGUUUUCUCUGCUCUCUGACAGUCGACUGCGCUGCAUUCAGUUCACGCAUCACGGUACUGAUGUUCUCAGACGCCCCUUUUCUUUGCCUCCUCUAGUGCACCAUGGGAAAACACCCGUCCUUCCAAUUGUUGCUCCUUUCACUGCUGACCACUGAGGUAUGUCAGGGUGAGGAUGUGACGGCUACGAUGAUGUCACUGGCGGAAGUAACUUCAUCCCCCAUACUUAUGGAGUCAAGAGGGAGUAUCCUGGCUGCUCAGUUUGAGUGUUAUCUCCGAAUACUGCAUGACCCACCACGCACAGAUUCAGGACCGUACUGUAAUCGCACAUGGGACGGCUGGCUGUGUUGGGAUGACACGUCUCCCGGGAUUGCUGCGCAACAGUGCCCCACUUACUUCACAGACUUCGAUCCAUCUGAAAAAGUGACCAAAGUGUGCAACUCAGAUGGUCAGUGGUUCCGUCACCCAGACAGCAACCGUCUGUGGUCCAAUUACACCCUGUGCACUGCGUACACCAAAAAAAAACUUGAGGUUGCACUCACAUCGUAUUAUCUGGCGGUGGUCGGUCACACACUCUCAGUGGUCUCUCUACUCAUAUCCAUUUUUAUCUUCUCCUACUUUAAGUGUUUAAGCUGCCAGAGGAUUUCCCUCCAUAAGAACAUGUUUAUGUCCUUUAUCCUAAACUCUGUACUGAUGAUUAUCUGGUUUUCUGAGGUCAUCCUAAAUGCGAAACGGGAUGCUAGCGACUUGGAUUCAGCAGCUGCUCCGUGGCUUCUAUCAGAGGUUGGUUGUAAGCUCUUGGCCAGUCUGAUUCAUUACACAUCCUGCUCGAACUACUUCUGGAUGCUGUGUGAGGGGAUUUACCUGCACACACUCAUCAUUGUGGCCGUGUUCGUCGGGGAGCAGCAGCUGGGCUGGUACUACCUGCUUGGCUGGGGAUUCCCAAUCAUGCCAGCCGUGAUUCAUGCCGUGGCUCGGCUGCUCUUCCAUGACGACAAGUGCUGGAUAAUAAACACUGAUCUGCUUUACAUCGUCCACGGCCCAAUCCAGGUCGCCUUAGUGGUAAACCUGUUCUUUCUGCUGAAUAUAGUGCGUGUAUUGGUCACUAAGCUGAAAGUGACCCACAAGUCAGAGUCUAACGUCUACAUGAAGGCUGUGCGUGCCACCCUCAUCCUGGUGCCGCUGAUGGGAGCUCAUUUCAUCUUGGUGCCGAUGCAGCCCAAGGGCAGGUUGGCUCUGGCCAUCUAUGAGUUCUUCAUGAAUGUAUUUAUGCAUUUUCAGGGGCUUCUGGUCGCCAUCAUAUUCUGUUUUGGCAAUGGAGAGGUGCAGUCGGCUCUAAGACGUAAAUCUAUGCAGUACAGGGCUCAGUGGCGGAGACGCCUGGUCACCGACUCUCACUGCAACUACCACACCCAGUCCUCCAUCACUGAGACCAGCAAGGUCAUCAUCAGCCUGGAGCAUGCCCCGCCAAACUCAGAGGACGACAAAACAUGCACCACCACACACUCACUCAACGGCCAGAGCAACGGCAAACGCUGCUACAACGAAGACCAAGAGGUGCCCAAACUGCUGGAGCCAUCUGACAUCUGACACUGUAGUGGAGAUAAAGACUGCUUUAGCACAGCGGCAGACACUAAGGGUCGGGUUUGGUUGCUCUUAAAAAAAUACUUCACCAAAAAAUGCAAACAGUGAUUGAAAAGUUUUGGGGGUUAGCAUGAUUUGUAUGCUAACAUUAUCCUGCUUGUGUUCAUUUGAUAUUAGCGUCAUCAGCAUUAUUGAGCCAGCUUAAAUGAAGCUUAAUUCUUUUGGAGGAAAAAAAUCUGAUUUACACAGUUUGGUCAGCCAAGGCAUGUUUGAUCUAUCAGCUUGAUCAGUUUUACUCUGGGGCUCCAAAUCUAAUGUAGCUGAGUAGUAACAAAAGCUUACAUCUACCAGUUAGCAUUAGAGGAAGUAGGGUUAUCACCAAUAACAUCAUUACUGUGAUUGAGUCUAAUAUUUUGUAGCUUUUAGAUGCCACUUUUAGACUGAUUUUCCAACACUAAACAAAUCUUGGCUGUUUGACUGCAUUUGGUGUAAAAAGGGAAAUUGUGAACAAUUUAUUUUGUGAUCACUUUAAAUGGCAUCGCCUGCUCGUCUGUGUCACAAGCACUGUAAUUUAGAAAGUAUAGAACGUAGAAAGCAAGAUGGCGUUGACUCCGUCUACUGGUGUCAGUCAUUUGGGGAGUUGACAGUACUGCCUCAGUUCUUUGUAGCACAUACAGUCACUCGUGUAGUAACACAGUCUCUUUUUAAUAACUGACCAAAACAAAAAAGCACUGCCUG